ACUUUUGCUUGUUUAGUAGAGUAAAUCGAAUUUAUUUUUACUUGCUUAUGAUAUUGUGCGUUUUGACAAAACACAGAUUGAAGAAACUGUCCAAUCAAAAAAACUGCCAAAAAAACAUCUGUUUUGCCUGUCUUUUUGUGUCGUGUUUCUUGCCAUGAGAAAACAAUUUCAGAAAUAAUUAACAAGAUAGUGUUGAAUUUUUCUUUAUAAAAUGGCGGCUGCUGUAAGCGAUGAAUCGACUAGACUAUGCAGUAGCUGCGAAGAGUCAAUCGCAGCAGACCUUCUCUACAAAUGCACUCAAUGCAACGUCUCAGAUGAUCCAACAAAACCAGUCGAGUUUCUCUGCGAUGUUUGCGUUGGGUUUCACAUAAAGAAGAGCCACAACGUGCUGGACCAUAGAAACAUGGAACCCGCUGUAUGUCCGGAUCACAAGCAACUCUGCCUAGACUACUGCAUCACAUGUAGCGAAACUUUCUGCUCCAAAUGUCUGGAAAAGCAUCGUAAACAUGACACUAUGUUGCUGGGCAAAAAAGCAUCUGAAUUGCGAUCAAAAGUGUUCGAAUUGCUGACUGAUUGGGAAAAAAAUGAAAAAGUGGCUCUUAAAAAAAGCGAAGAUGUUUUGAGCAUUGUUGAUGUCCAUGAAAAAGAAGUUGAACAGAUGAUUAAAGAAGUGGAAUCUACACUGGAUAAUGUGAAACAUACUCUAAUUACAGAAAUUAGGGCCAAGUUCACAGAGUUCUCAGAUGCACGGAAAUGGUUGAAAGACCACGUUCAAAAAAUAGGCCAAACCCAAACUGAUUUGCGAGGUUUGCUUUGCAAGUCAAACGGAACUCUUGUUACUUCUUUUUCAGCUGUUGAAGCUGACAUUGAAUCUUUCACUAUGUCCCAUUUGGAAGUUGAAAAGUACCACAUGAAUGAAGAAAAGUUUGAAACGCGCAAAGGAUUCAAAUUAUUGAUUAAAAAAACUCUUACUGCAUUAACAAAAGAACUGAACUUGCCUGAGGUGAAAAAUGAAAAUCCUGGACCAGCUGUUGUGAAAAAAUCGCAGCCCGAAUUGAAGGCGGGAAAAGUGAAAAAGACCAAAUCUUCAUCGGAACUGAAAUUUAAGUCAGUUGUUGGCUGUUUCACUGACGAUUGUUACGAAGUUACUCAAAAAGGUCAAAUUGUAGAAGUUCGAAUUUUUUGGAGUCAGAUACAGUUUUCGUCGAGCAAGUUUUCUACACAACGAGAAACUGCGUGGUGUUUGUUGUUGGCCGUUGUCCUUCUGAGACGCAAGGAAAUAAUACAAAAAGAGCUUUUUACGUGAUCGAUUUCCAGGAAAAGAAUCAGUGGCAUGAGACGUCCUAUCCAAAUGACAUGCAACACGUGCUUGCGCCUUGCGAUUUAGAUAGGAUGGGUUCGUUUGUUUGGUUUUCUUGGGAUUCAGAGGCCAAACAAAUCCGAGUGCAGCCAAACAAGAAGAAUGAUAACGCUUUUUAUGUAGCUGCGUGUCAGAGUAAGCCUCUCAGCAACGUUACCUGUGAUUCUUCUUCUUAUUGCUUUUUUGACAGAGUUAGUGAGAAAAUUAUCAUUGCACGGCGCUCCAUCCACUUAACGUUCCCUCAGCCUUGUCACCAUCCAAUCCAUGAGCACAUAGAUUCAAUAUCUUCUUUCUCCCGUGAAAAAACCAUCAUAAUCGUCACGGGGUCUGUAGAUUCUAAGGCUUCAUCUGUUUAUUAUGGCAACUUUGACAUCACUGACUCUCUGUAUAAGUGGGAGAAUCACGCCAGAAUAAAUUGGUACUCAAAAGAAUGCUCAAUUCCAUUCAUAUUCAAUUAUGUAUUGGAACCUGUGAACAAUAAUGAUGAUGAUGUUUUGUUUCUCAUAGAAGACAACAAUGUUGAAUUUGAUCAAAUGUUCCUAUGGUGAAUAAUACAGUCCACUUCCGUACGUAUGAGCAGGUGCCUCAAUUUUAAUUCAAAAAACUAAUUUUGAUUCUAACCAGGCAG